CACAAAUUGACAAUCCAAACACACCUUUAACAGAUCCCCCCACGUGACGUGGCAUCUCCUCUAUCUCUAACAAAAUAUCCUCCCUCAUGGAAAUAUCCUCCCACUCACUUUUUCACCCUUUUUGAACUUUUGCCUUUUCCACGUAAUUACAUUCCACUAUCUUACGCCGCGUGCCACCUACGCCUACUUCAUCCAAUCUCAACCCUUCGUUUUCCCCUUAUUCAUCGGUUAAGAUAUUUUCACCUCCCAACUCGGCGCACUUUAGCUUUCACCAUCUACCUUAAAAGUGCUAUUAAAAUAUUUUUCGUCGGCCUGAAUGGAAAAAAAAAAAAAAACGGGAAUUUUUUGACGACCACUCAGAACUUUAAUAGCCAGAAGAGACUCUUCCUUUUCUUUUUUUUUGCUAAUUUUUUUUGGUUUUGUUUUGCUAACUUGAGUUUUACGUAGGUAUAACCGAUUAGGAAAGUUUGUGUACAGAUUUUUCUGAAGUAGUUCUUGCUAACGUGCGCUGGAUCGGUUGGAGAACGGCGCUGUUUGUGAAUUUCUGUUCCUUUCCGGUAAGUUCUUGCUAACUUGCGCCGGAUUCCGCCGCGCGUCUGCCGGAGACUUUGCAUAAGAGUAGAAGAACUGUUGUUGAUGCAUAAACUUGUAUUGGAUAAGAUUUGACUAGGUGAUCGGCUAAUUUAACAGGCUAAAUUAGGAACCCUAAGUAGUAAUUUUUACUUGCAGUGAAGAGUGGAAGGUGGAUUCUAAUGGAGGUUUUGUAGUAGUAAAAGUAUUGGGGGAGUGGGAGGGUUUUGAGCUGGAAUUUUUGAAGUUUGUUGAUUUGAGUAUUUGAGCUGGGGAUUAUGGAGAAGAAUGAGAUUGUGAAGAGUGGGGAUGGGUUUAUUGAUAGGAGUAAAGUGCGGAUUUUACUGUGUGAUAAAGAUGCAAAGAGCUCACAGGAAGUUUUUACUCUCUUGUGCAAAUGUUCUUAUCAAGGUAAUAGAAUUAAUGAGAACUAAGGUCUGGUUGAUUGCUUGUCGAACCCUGUGAAUUCCGAGAAAGUACCAUACUCCAAAUUCGGGGUCAAAAGCAUUCUUGAACAAUGACUUCAGUGAAGUCACCCAGACAGGUGAUUGAUGCACUGAAUGCUGAAGGACCUGAUAUAGAUAUCAUUCUUUCUGAAGUUGACCUUCCUAUGUCCAAAGGAUACAAGAUGUUGAAAUACAUUAUGAGGGAUAAAGAACUGCGGCGCAUUCCUGUGAUCAUGAUGUCGUCACAAGAUGAAGUCUCUAUUGUCGUCAAGUGCCUCAAAUUCGGAGCAGCUGACUACCUUGUGAAACCUCUGCGCACUAAUGAGCUGUUGAACUUGUGGACUCACAUGUGGAGAAGAAGGCAAAUGCUUGGACUAGCAGAGAAGAACAUCUUAAGUUAUGACUUUGAUUUGGUUGUAUCAGACCCCAGUGAUCCUAACACAAACAGCACUACACUUUUCUCUGAUGAUACUGAUGAUAAAUCCCGGAAGAGUGCCAAUCUGGAAGCAUGUCCCAUAAUUCAGUUAGAAGACGAGAUCAAUGCUGGCAUCACUGCUGCUGCUGUAGAGACUAUGGAUGUGGUUCCAUUUGAAUGUCAGUUUAAGGUGUCAGGGACUAAUGAUCGACAGAGAGGACAAAUUUCUUCAUUUCCUAAGAAGAGUGAACUGAAGAUAGGUGAAUCCUCAGCAUUCUUUACCUACGUCAAAUCAGGCAUGCCUAAAAGCAAUGACCAAGGAACAAACUCUACCCAUGAAAAUGUGGCUCAUCAAUCAAGGAUGGAAGAGAAGACUAAUGCAGCCGUAGGACAUUUAGAGGUUGAAAUUCAAAUGCAAGUUAAUGGAGAUGCAGUUGAAAAUCAUUCACAUGCCGAUGACUAUCCAAGUAGCAACAGUUUACUGGACUCAUAUUCCAUGGAAAGGUCCUCUACUCCCCCUUUAUCACUAGAACAACAGAGGAACUCAAAGAUGGAGGAAUUCUCACAGGUGUACAUGCAUCCGCGCAAUGAAGCCCAGCGUGAUGCUGUGAAUUGUCAUGCUCAAACUGCUUAUUCCUAUUUCAUGUCUGGAACAAUGAAUCAAGUCAUGAUGCCACCAUCAGCACAACUUUAUCAGAGGAACAUGCAAGAUCUCCACAACCAUGCUAAUUCAGCUAUGUCCCCUCAAUACAAUCAUAUGCCACCAUGUCCCCCUCAUAUGCAUGGGAUGGCAUCAUUUUCUUACUACCCUAUGGGCCUAUGCUUACGACCUGGCCAAAUGCCAACGUCUCAUCAAUGGCCCACAAUUGGAAAUUCGCCUUUGGCUGAAGGUAAGUGGAGCAAAGUUGAUC